UCCACUCACACAGUUGCUCACACCUUCAGACACACCUCUCUCAUAUUUUAACACUCUAAGCUGCGCAGCACCAUUCUCAAGCUCCGAUCUAUAACUCCACACUUCCUUCAUUUCCACCCUUUCUCUCUCAACCCGAAUCCCCUUCUUUCUCUCUCCUCUCGUUGGGCCUCUUCCUUGGUCUUUAAAGCCCAACCCCGCUUCAUCUCUUUUCUUGAAUUAGGGUUUUUGCGCGCGCUCUUCUCCUCGAUCUGCCGCAAGACCUGGGAGAAGCUCUGCAUGCUCUGAACUCCAACGCUCUUUCCAGAUGGCGUCGUCAUAUCCUGGUUCCGUGAGUGCAACACAGGUUGGCUCCUACUUUGUCGGACAGUACUAUCAGAUUCUCCGCCAGCAGCCGAAUCUCGUUCACCAGUUUUACUCUGAUUCCAGCAGCAUGAUUCGUGUCGAUGGAGACUCCAUUGAAUCUGCGCAAGAUGUGGUGCAAAUUCAUUCAAUUGUUUCAUUACUGAGUUUCACUUCGAUUGAGAUCAAGACAAUCAAUUCUCUGGACUCUUGGGAUGGAGGUGUGCUUGUCAUGGUCUCAGGUUCUGUGAAGCUAAAGGAUAUCACUGGGAGGCGGAAGUUUGUUCAAACAUUCUUUCUCGCUCCUCAAGAGAAGGGUUACUUUGUUCUGAAUGAUAUUUUUCAUUUUGUGGAAGAAGGUGUUACAUACCCAAAUAUGAUACCAGUGGCGUCUGAAGCAAUCGAUAAUCAGCCGCAUGUGUCUGCAUCUCUUGCAGAGCCACCAGUAGCUUCAGACUACAGUUUAGAGGAAGAAGCUAGGGACUAUGUAAACUCAGUUCAUAUUGACGAUGAUCCAGUGGACAAGUAUAGUCUUCCUGAGCACCACCAGCAGAUCCAUGAAGAUCUUGAAACCGAAAUAGUUGUGGAGGAAACUUCUGCACAGGAGGCAUCUCCACCAAUUCACAAUGUUGCUCAUACUGUCCAAGAACCCCCUGCAGCUCUUGUGGAAGAGUCUUUUGAAGAGCCUCCUAAGAAAACUUACGCUUCUAUUUUACGAGUCUCCAAAGGGCUGCCUAUGUUAUCAGCUGCUCCACAGCAUGUUCCCCAAUACACCUUUAAAAGUGCUCCACCUCCUUCAGAGGUGAACCAUGUAGCACAGCCUGUUAUUCAGCAGUCGAGCCCUGCAUCUAUGUAUGUCCCUGAAUCUGGGUCUGAGCCCGCAGAUGAAGGCUAUGGACUAGAAGAUGAAGGUGAAGUAACCUCUGUCUAUGUGAGAAACUUGCCUGCUAACGUUACUGAAGCAGAGAUUGACCAGGAAUUUAAGAAUUUUGGCAGAAUUAAGCCAGAUGGAAUAUUCAUCAGGGUUAGAAAGGAAAUUGGAGUGUGCUAUGCAUUUGUGGAAUUUGAAGAUAUCGUUGGUGUUCAAAAUGCACUUCAGGCUUCUCCAAUUCAGUUAGCUGGAAGACAAGUAUACAUAGAAGAGCGGAGGCCAAACAGUGGCACUGCAGUUCGAGGAGGAAGAAGGGGAAGAGGCAGAGGCAGUUAUCAGGCAGAUGCUCCGAGAGGGCGUUUUGGUGCAAGGAACAUGGGAAGGGGAAGUAAUCUGGAUAAUUCAGACUACUCGAGACUAAGAGGAGAUGGUUAUCUUCAGCGUAGUUCACGAUGAGAAAAAAUGGCAAAAGCAUGGAGUGAGAAGAUUCUGUUGAAAGGGCUUAUACAAUUAGUGAAAUCUGUGCUUGGUGUGGGUAUUUACUGCAGAACAUUUUCUUCUGUGGUUUCACAUUAAGUAGUCUUACGUUUUGGGUGCGUCUUUUUCUAGUAAAAGCCAUUGAGACUUUAAACAGUUUGUUUCACAAGCAUAGAUCAGUUGGUUCCCCUUGAAUGUUAUUUAGCAUGCCAUUCGCGUGGGAAGUUUUGGUUGUUGUUUGUAUUGUUCCAUGUUUGGAUUGUGGCGGCCUUUUAAUCACGAGAGGUGUUGAAAGUAAGAAAGUGGUUUAGUUUAGACAUCAGUAGAGGUUGUGUUUAAUUGUCAGAUGUUGCGGUGCAUUUAUGGGUGCAUUGGCUCGUUGCCUUUGUUAAAACUUGUAGCAAGUCUUAUGGAAAUCUUAUUAUAAAUUUUCUCUAUUAGUUUGGGGA